ACCUUUACUCUCAGCACCACACACCGGAAGUGACGUAUUUUCGGAGUUUGUGUGUGUUCCGUUUCCGAAGAACGUGGUGGUUGUGUUUUGCUCACAUUCUGGGUUUGUGCAGGAGUCACUAUGAUCAUCCCGAUCCGCUGCUUCACCUGCGGGAAGAUUGUAGGCAACAAGUGGGAGGCUUACCUGGGACUGCUGCAGGCGGAGUACACUGAGGGAGAUGCCCUGGACGCUCUGGGUUUGAAGCGGUACUGCUGUCGCAGGAUGCUGCUGUCUCAUGUCGACCUGAUCGAGAAGCUGCUGAACUACGCCCCGCUGGAGAAAUAACACCUGGGACUGCUCGUGUGUGUGUGCGCGCGCGCUCACUGUUGUACUUUCUGAAACACACUGUUCUCCACAUGUACAGGACUUGGGUGGUGUGUGUGU